AUGGGGGAUGUGUUCUCUCUUGAAGUGAUUCAUGUCAUCAGUUGCCAACUGAAGGCUGCCUGUUCUAUGGUUUGUGUUUGGAAUAUGGAGACGUUUGAAGCUUCCCUGAUCUAUGAGGGUCACGAACAGAAAAGAACAUUCUCCUGUGGUGUUCGUGCUUGCACUUUCUCACGUGACUCGACCCAAGUCGCCAGUGGUGGAGACGAGCUCAAAAUCCGCAUCUGGUCUCGAGAGACUGGUAAGGACAACAUUGUGCUGGAGUGUGGUGAAGCCAUGUUGCCCUGGUGCCUUCGAUUCUCCCAUGAUGACAAGCGGCUAGUUUCAGUGGGUGAAUUCACGAAUGGCGCAAUCGUCUGGGAUUUAGAGACACAAAGAAAGAUGUUGACAUUGGGUGGGCAUGAGCGCUUCUGCCAGUACACCGAGUUUUCGAGCUCUGGAAAUUUUAUCCUGACGAGUUCCAUAGACAACUCAGCUCGAAUAUGGGACGGCAGGAGCUAUGAGUACGUGACCACUGUUACGCAACCUGAUUGGGUGACAUGCGCCACGUUUUCACACAACGAGCAGUUGCUAGCCACGUGUUCAAAAGAUCAGUUGGUGCGCUUGUGGAACAUCAGUAACUGGCAGAAGAUCUGCGAAAUGGCAGGACACGAGUCUGAAAUCAGGAUGGUCAGUUUUUCACCCGAGGACAAGUUCCUGGCGAGCGGGGCUUUGGACCAGACGAUCUGCAUCUGGGACUGCGAUACCUGUCAGCAAAUUCAAGUUUUCUACGCAGCCUCGGGGAUCUGGGGCUUAACCUGGCACCCGACCGAGAGCGACCUGCUCGCGGCUGGAGAUGCAGUAGGCUAUCUU